AUGCCAGACAGUCUCCAGCGCUCGACAAGGCCCGACCCCGACAGGCACCGACUCUCGACAAGGCCCGACCCCGACAGGCUCCAGCGCUCGACAAGGCCUGACCCCGACAGGCUCCAGCGCUCGACAAGGCCUGACCCCGACAGGCACCGACACUCGACAGGGCCCGACCCCGAGAGGCUCCAGCGCUCGACAAGGCCUGACCCCGACAGGCACCGACUCUCGACAAGGCCCGACCCCGACAGGCUCCAGCGCUCGACAGGGCCCGACCCCGACAGGCACCGACACUCGACAGGGCCCGACCCCGACAGGCUCCAGCGCUCGACAAGGCCCGACCCCGACAGGCACCAACACUCGACAAGGCCUGACCCCGACAGGCUCCAGCGCUCGACAAGGCCCGACCCCGACAGGCACCGACUCUCGACAAGGCCCGACCCCGACAGGCACCGACUCUCGACAAGGCCUGACCCCGACAGGCACCGACUCUCGACAGGGCCCGACCCCGACAGGCACCGACUCUCGACAAGGCCCGACCCCGACAGGCUCCAGCGCUCGACAAGGCCUGACCCCGACAGGCUCCAGCGCUCGACAAGGCCUGACCCCGACAGGGCUCGACCCCGACAGGCACCGACCCCAACAGGCACCGACUCUCGACAAGGCCCGACCCCGACAGGCACCGACCCCAACAGGCACCGACUCUCGACAAGGCCCGACCCCGACAGGCACCGACACUCGACAGGGCCCGACCCCGAGAGGCUCCAGCGCUCGACAAGGCCUGACCCCGACAGGCACCGACUCUCGACAAGGCCCGACCCCGACAGGCUCCAGCGCUCGACAGGGCCCGACGCCAGACAGGCUCCAGCGCUCGACAGGGCCCGACGCCAGACAGGCUCCAGCGCUCGACAGGGCCUGACCCCGACAGGCACCGACUCUCGACAAGGCCCGACCCCGACAGGCUCCAGCGCUCGACAGGGCCCGACCCUGACAGGCACCGACACUCGACAAGGCCCGACCCCGACAGGCACCGACUCUCGACAAGGCCCGACCCCGACAGGCACCGACUCUCGACAAGGCCUGACCCCGAGAGGCUCCAGCGCUGGACAGGGCCCGACCCCGACAGGCUCCAGCGCUCGACAGGGCCCGACGCCAGACAGGCUCCAGCGCUCGACAGGGCCUGACCCCGACAGGCACCGACUCUCGACAAGGCCCGACCCCGACAGGCUCCGACACUCGACAAGGCCCGACCCCGACAGGCCCCAACCCUUGACAAGGCCCGACCCUCGACAAGGCCCGACCCCGACAGGCUCCAGCGCUCGACAAGGCCCGACCCCGACAGGCACCGACCCUCGACAGGGCCCGACCCCGACAGGUACCGACCCUCGACAGGGCCCGACAAACAGUAUUUUAUAA